CUACGCUUUGGCAUCCAUUGGAGACCUUCGACGACUCCCAUAACGAGGGAAGCUGCCCACUCUCCAAAUUGCACUCUGCAUAACUAAACAUACGCAAUGUCGCUCUUUGCACGGAGCAUACUGCGGCCAAGAGGGUCGCUGCUCAAGGCGCCCCUUGCAAGUAGCCGGCUCUUAUCAAGUCAACCUGGUGGUGUUGCCCCCCUGGACCCAGCGUACACGGAGGGAGAGAGGACAUUGCAUGAGAAGCUGGCCAACCAGCUACAGGCGACGAAACUGAAGGUUUCGGAUAUUUCAGGUGGUUGUGGGUCCAUGUACGCCGUCCAGAUCGCCUCUCCCCUCUUCAAGGGAAAGCCCCUGAUACGACAACACCAGAUGGUCACCGACAUCCUGAGGGAGGACAUCAAAGGCAUGCACGGCAUUCAAAUCAAAACAGAGGCUGCUUAGGACUCCAAACGCAAAGAUCUAUCGAAAGUCUUUGAGCGAGCUGCUGGGGAAUACAAAAGCUGUCCUGCGGCUCAACGGUACAUAUGUACGACGAAUAUCACACCUGCAUAGCGGAAGUGGACCGAAGGGGAAAUGCCGAACAAGCGAAAGACGUACAUUAGACAGUCGUCGGAUGCAUGUACUGUAUAUAUGUCGGGAUCCGGGUUGAGGUAGAGCUCGUCCAACACAACGGGCCCGUCGGUCGAGCAGAGAGUCGCUACAGUUCUAAAGAGUUGCGAACGAGAGUGGGAGCUU